AGAAGAAAAAAGACAUUUUGGUUGAGCCUGUGGACGAAAUGUCCAAACUCUCCUGCAGCGACUACAGGCUGAAUAUCUCCUGUUUCUGAACAUGUGAUGUGCUUUCCAACUCUCCCUGUCUCCCGAUAAAUAGCCAACUCUUGCAAAGUGUAAAUAAAUCUAUAUUUCCCGCUGAAAGUGGCUGUGUUGCUGCUAAGCUAAGCUAAGCAGUGAUGUCUGACUCCAGCAGCAGGAUGAUGACGUCUUCUGAACACCUGGCAGUCGGGCCUGCAGGGAAAGCGUCGUCGUCCUCGGUCGCGUCAGGAAAUGGAAACUGGGACGGUGCAGGUGGGAUGGACCAGAUAACUGUGGUGAGAAUAGAUGACACACACAUCGCAGAGGAGCAGGUGAAAGACGACGCUGCGGAGUACUACGAGGAGGAGUACUCGAUUCCUGAGGAGGACGAGGAGGAGGUUGCGGCAGAGGAAGAGGAAGACGGUGUUUUUGUCAUUGAGUAUUCAAAUCCCGAAGAGGAGGGAGAGAGCUACCAGUUCACGAUGUCCGUGGACAGAUCGCUCCCGGCCAAAAAGCCCGAAAUUACACCUCCUGUGGUUGGAGUGAACGCCGGAGUGAACGCCGGAGUGAACGCCGGAGUGAACGCCAGAGCUCCUCUACCUGCCAUGUCCAAACCGUCCAGGCCGCAGAGGCCGAGACACGAGGUGAGGCAGAAGAGGAAGCUGAUAACGGAAGAGGAGGUGAAGAAGGAGGAGGUUGUGAGCAAUAAAUCCGUGUUGGAGCUCGGAGAGAACUACAGCGACGUGAUGGAAGUGAAUUCGGGCUCAGGUAAUAGACUGGUGUGCUCGCUGUGCCCGCCGCCCGGCCGGCUCUUCAAGAGAGGCUCAGGUUUGGCCGUACACCUCAAACAAAUGCACCACAUGGUGGGGAAGAAGACGUUCUUCUGCACGACGUGCCAGCAGUCGGUUCGCACUCAGAUCGAACUGGACGCGCACACGCGACGCCACGCCAACCAGGACGCCGUGUUCACCUGCUUCCUCUGCGAGGCGGAGAAGACGGGGUUCAGGGGGCCGAGGUGGGGGCUGAAGAGACACCUGGAGAAGGAGCACCCGGGCGUCGUCCCCCGCUGCGACGUCUGCAACAAAGGCUUCAAAUCGCUGGCGUCGUACCUGGCCGAUCAGUUCAGGCACGUGGGCGUGUCGCCCUACUACUGCGCCAGGUGUCAGAUCUACGAGAUGACCGAGAGGGGUCUGACCAUUCACAUCAAAAACCACGACAAGAAGAAGAAGAAGCAGGAGUCAGGGGAAAACCUCCAGCAGACGUUGGGAGUCUCCGCCGUCGCUGAUAACUCCGCCACAGACGACUCCGACUUCUGACACGUCUCUGAGUGUUUGACGUUAAAGCAGCUGCAGCUCAGUGACCUCUGUUCCACGUUUAUGCAUCUUUGACUGAACUGAACUUUAGACACAGUUAUUCGGGUUUUCUUGACAGGUAUCACAUUAAGGAAACUCAGGCUUCAGAACUCGUACGAUGUGGUCGCGUCUUCAACCUGCAGCCUCCAUCAGUGUCACGUGUACAGUAAAUCCAGUUGUGGUUACUGUGGCCUCAGUUGGGAAUUAAAGGAAAAUUACAUUUUUUCACAACCUGGGUCUUGUUUUUGUACGUUUGGCCAUCGUUGGAGAUGGUAAUUUAUUUUCUCCAGCUUCAUUUAGGAGGAUUAAUUUGACACUUUGGGACAUAUGCCCACUCGCCCUGUUAGACCUGGUAUUAACAUGUCUGACUGAUCCAGUUAAUGCAGAGCUCUAAUCAGUUCACAGCUCCACCUGCGUCUCGAGUGACCACUUGUGACCAGAUCUCACUUCCCCACUCUGUAUGCACAUACACACAAUAGGCUGUACCUCGCUCUAAAGAAAGCAACGAAUUAAUGUAGAACGUCUGCCGAAUUUACAAGAAGGCCCAAAUACUUAAGAAUUAGUCACUGACAGUGUUUAACAAAGGGGAUCCGUUUUCUCCUCACUCAACAACAACCAAAAUAAGACAUUUUUUAAGGGAGUCAGGGGAAAUUGUUCUGUAGUAGUACAGUACAGUAGUACUGAGGCUGGUCUAGGUUAAAGAGCGCAAACAUAUCAUAAGUUACAGUGAAGCAAAUGGAAAUCAGCGUGUUUCAUGUGUACUUACAGGACGUCAGUGGAGUAGACGGGCCUUCAGUGCGGCCCAGGACACAUAGUGUACUAUCUGACAGGCUGUUCUUAUGCAGUAUACUGGAUUAAAGAUCACUAAUUGUCACAAUAUGUCUUGUUUGUUUAAUCCAUACAAUAACUGUAAAAACAAUAAGUCGCUGUUUUACAGGGACAGAAAGUCAAGCCCAAGAAAUAGUCCGACACAAAACCGCCCUAAAACCACAAUGUGUUGUCCUCACACUCAAAUGAACUAAAAUAAAUGAUAAUGUGAUAUAAUGGUGAGCUUUAGAGGUUUUUGUUACCUAUAGAGAGAGCCAGGCUAACUGUUUCCCCCUGCUUACAGUCUGACUGAAGCUUUAUAAUUCAGUAUUCUCAUUCAACACGGCAAGAACGCGAAUGAGCAUAUUUCCCAAAAUGUUGAGUUAUUCCUUUUAAGAGAUCUUGUCACAGGGAGUCGGGUCGGUUUGUCUAAAGAACAUCAACAACUAGUCUGAAAAGUGAAGUUAAAGGAUCAAACAUGAAAUAUUACGGAGCACUGGUGUGAACAUUUAUCUUUAAUCUCUUCAGUAAAGUCUAUAACUGAUAGAAAUAAUCACAAAAACAAUGGUGCUGUAACUGACACUUAUUUUAUCUGGUUUAUUCAUCAUUAAAAUGUCAGAAAAUAGAGACAAAUGCCUGUUAAAGUGUCCUGUGAUGUCUGAAAACCCAAAGAUAUUCAGUUUAUAAUGAGAUAAAACGAGCUGUAAUAGAAAUAAGACCCAGGUUGUGCAUCAGUCGACCCCUCAGCCCUCCACAGUGUUGAUGCUGUUUGUUCUUCAUUAGUGUCUGAGUCGGUGCAUGUGUGUGUAGAUACUGUAUAUUCUGUAUUACUCACCAGUUAUUCCAGUUACAGUAGAAGAAAGUGAAUCUGUUUUCAUCCUGCAGCUUCACUCAGAGUUCAAACCUUUUAUUCUCUUCCUGUCCACAGCUUCUCUGAGUGUGAUCAGCCUCAGUGGACGCUAAAGUAACUCAUGUAAAGGACCAACGCCAGUAUUCUUUCAUGUUUUACUUCAAAUCGUGUUCUUUGCUUUACAGCUGACAUUUUUCAAAACAGGUUUCCAGGUUAAUAAAUGAGUUUUUCUUUCAUAUUUUUGGUGGGAAAUCAAUCACAGUGAAUCCUUGUUUAUCUCACUUUUUUUGUCAAAGUUGGAUGAUAGUUAAAGGUUUUAUAUAUAUACAUUCAUUUGCCAUUAAAUGUCACACUAGACAUCUCAGACCAGAACUAUGGGCACUACUCUGAGCAGACUAAACAAUAAUUUUACACACUUAAAACUCAACAAAACCGUCUUUAUUAGUCUUUCCACUGAAUAAAUCCUUAUUUCACUGAUAGAAAAACAGUAUUUUCAGUGGCUCUCCUCAGCAGAUAGUUGUUUGCGGCUAUAUUAAUGUUUUAAAUCUCACAUAUAACCUUUUAACAGUAACGUAGCUGAAAGAUCUGCUGCUGUGGUGCAUUCAUGGUCCUGUGAGAAGAUCUGACAAAUGAGACCUCAGUCAUCUGGAGUUUUCAAAGGAACACAACUAUGAAAAUGAAGCCUUUUAUCAGCACAUGUUCACUAAAAAACCUAAAAGGAUUUCUGAAUUAGUCAGCACACAAUGACACCACUUUAAAUGUAAGAAAUAAAAACAAAUAUUACCACUAACAAAAAUGUUUCUGCCAGCUGAUUUCAUAGAAAUAUACUAAAAAACAUUUCUGCCUUGUAGGAAGUAAAAUAAUGUGAUUGGUAGUAAAUGGAUAGAAAGUGUAAUAACACAGUAUGAUCCAGGUUAUUGUUUCCCUCUAAAAUAAAGACUGCGUGCAUUUAAAUGUCCUAAUUAUACAGAAAAAAAGGCCUUUUAACAGAAACUCUAAAUUACGUUUUUGAGAUUAAAAGUGUUGAAACUUCUGGAGUUUGUUCAGUCGUCCUGAGGAAGUCAAAGUGCACAGAGAAAUCUAAAGUUGACCUUCAAUUCAAUGACAACUGGGUGAAAUCCAUCUACUGAUGAAAGUCAUGUGAUAUGAUCGAAAGCUCCAGAACAGCUACUAAAGAAAAUAAAAUGUGAUCCUGAUGUAGAAAAUGUACUCACACAAACAUUAAAUAAUCCUUUAACUAAUAAAUUAACAAACUACAUUAAAGAUAUUUUUAUAAUCUUUAAUUAUCAUGUAAGUCUUUUACGACGUAACAGCACAAACGUUUGAAAAUGUAACUUUUUUCUUUGUUUUUUAACCAUAAAACUAACAGAUAGAUGAAUUCAUGAAUGAAAAUAAAUGUUCCAACAACCCAGUUUAUUUACAUUAUUUAUACAUGUUUUACUGUGGUUAUAAGCAGUGAAAUAAGUAUCCACUAUUUCACAAGAAAAACACAAAAAUUACAUCAAAGUAGUUUUGUGUGUUUUUAUCCCUUAAAUCAAUCUUAUUUGAAUUUGGACCCCAUUAAUCGGGGCCCUUAACCUCAGAUUUAAAACCACUAAGGUAGCGCCUGUGGACUUUAGUCUCUUUCCCUCACUGAUUAUGUUUAUCACUGAAAUUUGCAUCAUUUGAACAGUUAAAUACAAUUAAAAUGAUAAUUAUGGAACCUGUUUUAGCCCAAAUAUGGAUUUAAAACCCACUAAUUAUUUAUAUUAUUUUAUUAUAUUGAGCUGGUUUGUGUUGCAAUCAAGUCUUUUUUUAUUCAACAAUCAGAAUAAAACAUGAAUCAUAAAUAUUCUGCUUUUGGAGGAUGAAACGAGUAUUAAAGGAGCUGAAAUCGUUAAAAUAUGGACUGCGUUUGGUGCACAAACACUGAGAGGAACUGCAACAGUCUGUUUGUAUUAAACAUUUUAAAGUGAAUAUGUUUUUUAUUUUUUUUAAAUGAAAAUUUCUGUUUUUUAUUCUUUGCUGUAACAUUUGUUGGCAACAUCCUUGUGACUUUUUUAAUUUUCUGACAUUAAAGGGAAUCACCACUGA